UUCUCCCUCCAACACUGCAUCUUCUCUUCUCCAAACCGCCCCUAUGUCGUCCAAGACCACCAUCAUUACAUGUACCUUGUUCCUUUCCUUGACUCUGUUCUGCCUUGUCGCUUCUCCGAGAUCUGAAUUCCGAUGGUUGGUGCUGCCCCUGAUCCUGGGACUGGCGUGGCUGCUCAUGGCUUUCCGAGCCACCAUGAUCGCAUGGAUCACCGUAUUGGUGCUGCUCGCCUUCGCCGGCAAUCGCCGCCGGGUUUUGGUUCGACGAGGCAGCCUCAUCACCGGUGAAGUCACCACCUACUUCGUCCCUGCCAUAUUCAAGCGGAAGCGCUUCUUCGCUGUGGCGUGCGCCGCUCUGCUGAGCUUGUUUGCUGCCCUCCGGUGA